ACAGAGCAGCUGCCAAACGGCUGCGCUGGACAGCGGGGUGGCCAAGCCGGGCCCUGCAGGCAGGGCAAGGGUGACAAUCCCUCCCCCGGCGGGACGGGCACGGCCGUGGGAGCCCCCUGGGCGCCAGCAUGGGUGGCGGGAGGGGAGCAGGUCCAUGAAGAUCCUCGGAGUUGGGGCUCAGGAGCAGAGCUGUCCCGGCUGAGGCGGAUCCAGGAGCGGGAUCGUGGCCGGGGGGAGCCCCCCCAGGGCCGGGCAGCGCCAGGGGCUCCCGCAGGACCUGGAUGCUGGAGGAUGAUGCCGUGUGGGGCCGGUGGCCGGGUGGUGCUGGCGCUGAUGACCCUGUCCCUCAGCUUCGCCGCCGAGGAGCUGCAGUGCGCCUGCGACGUGCCCCACUGCAGCCAGCCCAACUGCACAGGCAAGGUGUGCUUCGUCAGCAAGAGGAGGGAGGACGACACCAUCACCCAGCACCGGGGCUGCUUCUCCCAGAACAUUCUGGAACACUGCCACACGCCCAUCACGGAGCAGUACGGCAUGAGGUGCUGCAACUUCCAUAUGUGCAACGCCGAGCUGGAGAUCUUCCUGCAAGGAGAAGAUGCCCUGGUAAAGACACCAUCCCUACCCAACCUCCUCCUGAUGAUCUUCGUCCCACUGCUCUGCCUCCUCGUCCUCGCGGCGCUCACAGCGCUCUUCUGCUGGAAGGUGGCGCAGCACCGCCACAAGCACAGUGACUUUGGGGACACAGACCUCAUGCUGAAGGCAUCCAUGAUGGGAGACAGCACCUUAGAGGACCUGCUGAACGACGACUGCACCACGGGCAGCGGUUCUGGGCUGCCUUUCCUUGUCCAGAGGACGGUGGCUCGGCAGAUCACCCUCAUGGAGUGCGUGGGUAAAGGGCGCUACGGCGAGGUGUGGCGGGGCGUGUGGCAUGGCGAGAGCGUGGCCGUCAAGAUCUUCUCCUCCCGGGACGAGCAGUCGUGGUUCCGUGAGACAGAAAUCUACAACACCGUCCUGCUCCGGCACGACAACAUCCUGGGUUUCAUCGCCUCUGACAUGACAUCCAGGAACUCCAGCACGCAGCUCUGGCUCAUCACCCACUACCACGAGAACGGCUCCCUCUACGACUACCUGCAGAGGACAGCCCUGGACGUGGACACCUGCCUGGGCCUGGCCUCCUCCAUCAUCUGCGGCCUCGUCCACCUCCACGUGGAGAUUUUCGGCACGCAAGGCAAACCUGCCAUCGCCCACCGGGACCUGAAGAGCAGGAACAUCCUGGUGAAAAGCAACCGGCAGUGCUGCAUCGCAGACCUGGGGCUGGCCGUCAUGCACUCCCAGGGCAGCGAUUACCUGGACAUCGGCAACAACCCCCGGGUGGGCACCAAGCGCUACAUGGCCCCGGAGGUGCUGAGCGAGCAGAUCCGCACCGACUGCUUCGAGUCCUACAAGAAGACAGACAUCUGGGCCUACGGGCUGGUGCUCUGGGAGAUCACCCGGCGCACGGUGGUGAACGGGAUCGUGGAGGAGUACCGGCCGCCCUUCUUCGACGCCGUGCCCAGCGACCCCAGCUUCGAGGACAUGAAGAAGGUGGUGUGUGUGGACCAGCAGACCCCCGUGAUCCCCAACCGCCUCUUCUCCGACUCAGUUCUGUCGGCGCUGGCGAAGAUCAUGAAGGAGUGCUGGUACCAGAGCCCCUCGGCCCGUCUCACCGCCCUGCGCAUCAAAAAGACGCUGAAGAAGCUGAGCAAUUCCGUGGAGAAGCCAAAACUGGAGCAGUGAGCGCCGGGAACCGGACACCGGAGCCACUGACGGGUGGCACCGGGGACGGGAUGGCUCCGGUCACAGAGGGGACUUGCUCGCAGCUCCUGCCUCUCCUGCUCCUCCUUCGAGCUGGUUGAAUUUGCAAGCAAGAAAAAAAUAUAGGGAAAAAAAAAA